CAAUUUUCUGUCUUAUGUGAAUAUGUAUUUCGAGCUUAUACAUCUGCAAUCCAUCCCUGUAGGCAAAGAUGCUAGUUCUUAUAUAGAAUGCUAUAGUUUGCUAUUAGUUUACAUUCUUACACAAACUGAUGAGUCUUUCACCUUUCUCUCGUUUAUAUUUGGUGAAUCCCAUAGUCUAGUGUUUAGCCCUGCGUACUGACAUUCGAAAGGGCAAAGUUGGAGUCUUGCUCCGACCAGCAUCCAAAUUAUAGAAAACAAAUUCGAAAUGCGGACGCCCCUUGGCAGGAAAUUUCAAGUGUCCAGGUGUAUUUCUGACAGCUCCUCAUAAAAACCUUCAGUCGUUCGAAGGCGGGCUAAUAUGAACUGUAAGCUCGUCCAAUUGUUGGACGCACACCACAAAUUGGUGGUGGGCAACGGUCAGAAAUUGCUUCCGUGGUAGAUAGGUGAGUGGGGAGGAUAUGCACCGCGAGCAGUGGUCUAUUGCGCCCUCCGAUUCCUUCACAUUACAUCAAUCAACUAUUAUAAAACCUACCAUGCUAAAGUGUUGUUUUUCUUUUAUAAGUUUUUUUUGAGCUUAAGGCCUGGUUUGUUUGUAUGAAUUGAAUAUUUGUAUGAUAUUAUGAUGAAGAGAUGUGGUGAUCUCCGGGGUGAGACAAGCCAAGAAGUCCGAUGAAGAGAUGUGGUGUUCUCCGAAACAGCUGCCACUUCUAACUUUUUCCAUACAACAAAGGAAAAUGUUAGAAGUGACAGCUGUUUCGGAGAUCACCACAUCUCUUCAUCAGACUUCGUGGUUAUUCUCACCCCGUUACUGGGAUAUCAGUACCUGUAUCUUAUUCUCAUUUCUUCAUUUUUAUUAAUAUAUAUAAUUGGCGCUUUGUAACCACUGGAGAGAUUUUCGGCCGAGCAUUUCUUAGCUCCUCUUUAAUCGGGUGCGGAACUGUAGUGAAAAAAGACUCUGGUAUCUUAGUCGAAUUUGAGGCCACUACUUUUGUAAGUUUAUCUGCUAUUUCCUUCCCUUCAACUCAGAUGAGCCGAACUUUGUUACGUUCACCUACUACAUUAAGAUGCUUACCACAUGCCCACUGGAAAUUAUUAUAUGUUGAUUGAUAGUCUUCAUGUUGAAUAUGAUAUCCGCGUAUGAGGUUAUGGCGUACACUUUUGCUUGAAGGAUGCUGGGAUAUUUCCCCGUUGUUAUCGAUAGCCUCUUUGUGGAGACCAUGAUGACCAAUUCCUUCUGCAGUCUUUGAUCCGUCUUUAUAGCAUGCAUUCGGUGAGGUCUAAUUUCUUGUUUUCUCCGCAUUUGGUUCAAGAAGAAUAGUCCAUUCAAGUGCUGUUGUAAGACCCUUAUCUUUUAGGCAAAAAAAUAUAUGUUUUUAGGGAUACCCAAAGACUUCUACUUAUCGAUCGAUAUAAUUAUGUAAAGUCGAUGAUAAGGCAAAGAUUUUAUUAGAUAUUUUUGGGAUUUAUUUUUCAUACCCCACCUUUAAUGGAAAAAUUGUUAUUUUCAAAGGAUUUUCAUUUUUAAAUAAAGAAAAUUUCUGUUCAAUUAGAAAUUGGUAUUAAUUCAACACCAGAAAUUAAAUUCUAUCUAUCCCUUAUGUAUAAAAUUUAUUUCUUAUCGCCUAAAUCUACAGUAGUUCUCAAAGCUUCCACUGGGAUGGAAUAAUACAUGCCCCAUAGAACUACUACUUCAGCGAUAAUUCGAUUUACUGUCGAGUUCGCAAGCAUUUGUAUUUCAAUACAAGGCUACAUACACAUGCACUCGGUAAGUGUGACCGACUUACGAAUGACGAUGGGGCAUCGUACACUUGGAGCAAUGGCCGUCAGCCGUUCGCGCACUUGAUUCACUUCUUUGCUGUAAAUGCCAAAUCUUCUUAAACUUAAAAGCGACGUGAUCGCACAUAUUCCUCUCAUUCACCUGUCAUGUAGAAUAUUACAAAACUAAAAAAAAUCUCUAACAUACAUUUAUACAUAUAUAGUGUAAGUGUAUCUGUUCACCCACUCCUCGUCUGUUGGUUGAGGCGCGAAAUCGGCAUACUUUCGAUUGGUACGACUACAAAUGUAAGUUCAUGUGAUUGUAUGUAUGUGCAAAAAAAAAAUUCGAAGAGCAGAUCAAACAGCUGUGUUGUGUUUCUGUUGAAUGCUGUCAGAUUUGUGCAACUGUCGAGCAGGAGAUCUCUUUGGUGGGCUGUAAUGUUGCACUUUGUGGACGAUGUUGUUAAAUUAAAAUUUAUCAAAAAAUAGACGAAUUGAGAGAGAGAGCGCGAUUGGGAGUGUUAUGAUUCUUUUCAAAACUUGACUGCGCCUACGACUCGAAACAAAAAAAAAGCCAUGGAUCUUUUUUCACUCUACGAUUGGAUAACCUCCUUGCUGCGGCCGCGUGGUCAUUUAAAACCGAUUGAGAAUAAACACGCGGAUCACUUGGAAGCAUCAGUUGAAGAGAUCACAGAGGCGGCUAAUCGCAGUGCCCCACCAGCGGAAACUACACAACAAAUUGAGGCAUUAAUACCACCGACAAAGAACGUUGAGCUUAUACCCACAUUAGAUUUCGUGAUACACGAGCCGACAGCCACAGAGCUUGACGUGCAACAUGUUGCCGAUAUAUUGUCGCAGCUUGAAAUUGAUACGUUCAAUGUUAAUCACACAACUAAUUAUGGAAACAACAGCGAUGAUGACAACAGCGACAAUCACUCCGGACACACAUAUGUAAUUGAACGUAGUUGUAGUGCAGAGAUCUAUAACAACAGCAACAGCAACAGCAACAGCAGCAGCAGCACAAAUACCGAGGAAUUACUGCGACAGGAGAUAAUACUUUGUAGCCUCACAGACACCACAACCGAUUUUUCACUUGUCUAUGAGCCAACUAGUUCCAUAUCCAUUGAAAUGGACAAUUUAGGUAAGAGUGCAACAACAGUGACAACGACGACACCGUCAGCCGCAACGACGUCCGAUGAAGUGCCUGAGACGACAGCCUCAUCGUCUCGUAAGAACAGUAAUCCAAGUGCCAUCACCACAGCCACAACAACGAGCAGUGGUGAGCAGAGUAUAGAAGAGGAAAUUGAGGAGGCCAUUGAGAUUAGUGAAGAGGAUGAUGCAGAAGAACUGUCGGCGGCAGGUCGUUCGUUAGAGCUAUCUGAAGCAGCAGGCUAUAUAAAGUCAAUUUCUAUAAAGGAGCCUGAAAUACAAGCAUUUCGACAAAACGAAGGGCCGGAAGCGCAUGUGGAGCAGUCAGCAGUGAGUGUGUCCAAACGAAGAGAAAAUAAAAUAAACACAAGUGAAGAAGAAGACGAACAAUUCAAGAUUGAUGACGAUCAAUUGUCUGGUGGUAACAUAGCACAGCACUUUGUGUUGGAUGACGAGGAGGAAGAAGAAGUCGCCUCUGAUAAUAGCGCUCCAGCAGCCAAUGUGCAAGUACACUCACGCCAUACAUCAUCCAGUGAAGCAAGUGUGCAAUUCAGCAAAGCAGCGACGGAUUCAGCUGAGGUAGAUUUUGAUGAUCUGGACGUGAGUCUACCAUUGGGUAAAGCACAACAUUCUCGACAUGAAGAGCUGGUAUUAAGCAAUUCGGUAGCGGAACCACGGGAGGCGAGUCUAAGUAAUGAGAGUACAGCCAAUGAUGUGUCAGACAUAGUAGAGGAACCGCGACAGGGAGAAGACUCGUUGAAAAGUGCAGAACUUUCAGUGGCUGCACCUGACGCAACACAAAAAUCCUGCGACCAAGAACCAAAUACAACAAAUGUGUCGCUAAGCAAGUCCCUAGUGAGCAAAGAUUCAAGAGGGAGUGCGGCUUCACAGCAUGUGCAGAUAGAGAGCCAACGUUCAAAGACUGGCAGUCAAGUACCAAGCAAAUCGCCCGAAUAUGGCGAAAAAGAUAACUCAAUUGAAGAGAUUUUAGCAAGUAAUCACAGUUUUGAAUAUACAUUAGACGACCAUGAUGUGAGCUCUCUCAAUCCCAGCUAUAUUCUACACAAUGAGUCGCUGGUGAAUGAGCUGCUGGCGGACACAAUGGAAGAACAGCCGAUGGAUGUGCAAAAGUUCAGCGAUUUGCGCACCAAUUCUUCGAAACCGGUAGAAAGAAAUACUGACCCUGGACGUAUAGUAACCGAUUUGGAUGCAGGCGCUUCAGAAACAGAAGUGAAAAGUGCUGGAACUCAAGUUCAAGAAACGCAACCGAUAAACAUAAACGAACAAGCGGCCAAAAAUGCCAACCUAGAAGAGACUGAAAUACAAAAUGUGCCAUUACGUGAGACACACAUCGUCGAAACGAAACUAGCAAUUAUCUCGGAAACAAUGCAACUGCAAGGUAUGGCCGACAUUGAGGUGGAGACUUUGGAGACCGUUGUGGAGCAUGCAGAUCCCGAAGAAAAUUCAAUGCCUGACUUAGAUGAAGCCACCAAUGAGCUACGCAGCGUACUCAGCAACUUACUGGGCGCUAAAAAUCAAGUGACGAGUGUUUCACCGGAGCUUGAGCCGCCUAUGAAAGAAGACGACGAUGAUGAUACAUCGCUAAAGCUAAUGAAAAUGCGUAUUCUCGCCAUGAAGACUCAAGCCAAGGAGCAGCAACUUAAUUUAUCACCCAAUGAAGUGAUCGCUGUGAGCGCCAAUGUGAGUGGGGAUGUGCAGUUGAUAAAACAAAUGGAACGUGUGCCAUUGAGUGAAUACACCAAGGACGUGCUGGAGGAUAUUACUGAAGAGAGCGAGCGCAACUCACUUUCAACCGCUGAGGAACACCGUUCAUUGUCGAUGGAACGUUCAACGGCAUCCACAGAUGGCAAAGAGGAGAGCAAGACGUUGCAUGCUGAAUUCGAAGCGCCAACAGCGGCAGACUUGACGGCCACUUCCACCAGCUUAGUUAGUUUAAAUAUGCUGCAAAUGCUGGAAAACAAAGUAUCGGAGUUGCAGGAUAUGGUGGCGGGCAAGGAUGCCUGCUUGACUGCGCUGAAUUUGCAGUUAGAGACGGCACAGCGCCGCGAAUCGAGCGGCGCAUAUUCCGUCGAGCAACUGGGUUCUGGCCGUGAUACGAACAGCUCACUGGUGACCAACUCGACGGAGUAUCGCACGCUACAGGAAGAAUUUGGUGGACCGACUAUGGAUAUUUACAUGGAAUUAUCGCGGCGCGAUGAGUUGAUUUCAAAAUUAACGGAUUCUCUACAGCAAUCCAUGAAUGUACGCGAGCAAUUGCAAACGGACAGCGAUAAGCUCGUUAAUGAAGUACAGAUGUUGCGCAAACAACUGAGCGAUGCGCUGGACACGCUACGUCGACCUAACUGGCCACGUGCCGAUUUGGACAGCAAUUGCGGUCAACGCAUAUCGGAGAUUUCUAUGGAUUUGAUAAGUGAGAGCGAUGACGACUUGGAUCGUCACUUCUACACAGAUAACGAGGAUAAAUAUUCACGUCAUUCGCGCGAACGACAACUUUCGGUGCCGCGUCAAACGGCCGAUAUGUAUGGCGGUGCUGCUGGCGAUAUGGAGGCGCCCGAGUGCAUACCACCGCCAUUCAGUAAGCAAAUCGAACAAUUUCAGAAAUAUCUCAAUCCGAAUGAGGUACGUUUAUUUUUCAUGGUACAAAAGAAAUUCGAUGAUUAUUUGAGCCAAGAGAUUGAAAAAUGCAAAAUUAAGUGUGAACAUGAACAAAAGGAAUUUAUUGAAAAACUGGAAGCUGAGAAACAACAACAAGACACUGAAAUAAAGAAAUUAAUGAGAGCGCGCGAGGAGCAGGAUGUGAAACAUGCAAAAGAAGUGGAAGAGUUGCGCAAAUAUUUCGAGACCAAAUGUGCCGAAUUGGAGAAACAAUUUUCUGAUGAUGUGUUUUCACAAAAGUCGCAACAUCGCACUGAAGAUACAUCGUCCUCCGAGAGCUCAGACAAUGAGCAAUUGCCUGAAGAUGCUGCACCAGUGUCAACUGCAACACGUUCCAAGGACAGCUCACCGCGUAAACGUACACGCGCGGAGCUGUUGCUUAGCCCAAGUCAUCGCCAAAUCACGCCAAUCACUGAUGCCUUCAAUGAAGAUGUGAAUAGCUCCGUGGAAAUUGCAGAGUUGAAGACAUUCUAUCAGCAAAAGUUACGCGCUCAUGAUGAGCAAUUGCGAAACGUCAUGGAGAAAUUGAAGUACUAUGAGAGUCGUUAUCCAGAGGAUGAUUUUAUGUCUGCCAAGAAAAUAACAACUACAGCGGCUGAUAUCACCAACCGACAUAUGUCUCAUUCAACUACAACAACAACGAAUGCAAUGAACAUUGUAAAAACGACCAACGAAUGUCAGUUGAAACAACAAAACACCAAUAAUAUAAACAAUCAGGAAUCGGUAUCAUUGCAAGUACGUGAUUCCAAUACAUCCUUGAUUAUCAUCGAUCAGGACGAAUUGAAUCUACACAAUGAAUCACAAGUGAUACAAAAGAUAAUUGAAGAAUAUGAGAAACGUUUGCAGGAACAGGUGACUUUGGCGCGCGAAGAUAUUGUACGUGAAUUGGAGACGCAGAUUCAGACACUAUUGUCGGAAACAACAACUGAUGAUCAACAUUGGCCGCCGGAACUGAUUUUAUUGCGUGAGAAAUUUACCGCUAAAAGUCAAUUAAAAAUCGCCCAACUGCAAAUCAAACAUGAAGAGGAGAUGUCGCGCUUAAAGUUAGAAUAUGAAAAACAGUUGAAUCGCAAGAAUAAACGCCAUUCAACUUUCGAUUCGGCUCGCGAUCUCGAACAGAUUAUAAGUGAUCGUGACAAUUUGCGAGAACUAUGCAAGAGCUUCCGUAACGUCUUAGCCAAGCUUGCCCAAUGCAUGGUGAAUUGUGAAGAUGAUAUGAACAACACACUCAUGCAGGAGGUGCAGCGCCUUGUAGGGGGACACAACCGCACCUUGGAUGAGCAAACGGCAGCAGAAGUUGAUUUGAACAAUUCGCAAUUGAAUGCAUCGCCGAAUUCCAACAAACAAACCCGUUGCUUGCCCGACUUACACAAUUUGUUGGAAUUAGUGGAGGAUCCUAGUUUGGUGGAUUUUGUGAGCAAUAAAAGUAGCGACUUACAAGAUGAUUUCGAUUUGCGUGAAUGCCUUGAGCGUUUGAAUGCCGAAGCUUUAUACUUGUUGCAACUAUCUGAAGAGCUACACAAGCGGCAAAGAUGUCGUUUGUCCAGCUUAUCAAGUGGCUUAGAGAAGAUCGACAGUUGCUGUGAGUGUGAUAGUGAUGGUGAAAAAUCGCCAACAAUGUUUAAAAAUACGCAUCGCUUCAUACGCACUGCGUCCCUAAAUGAACAGAACCUGCCCACCUACAAGGAACACAUAAAACAUCAGCAGGAUCAACUACUCAACUCGCUGCCACCCGAUUUGAAUCGACUACGUGCCGAUAUUGCUAUGCGUAAUAAUGAUGAACUCUUCUCUACGCCCGGUGGCAAUGCGUCCGAGCUGAAUUUCCAAGUGCAUGAAUUGAAAAAUCGUCUAGUGAAAUCAGAAACCGAUCGUGUUAAGCUGCAGGAAGAACUGGAGCACACCAUUAAACGGAAUGCAGAGUUGGGCGAGGAGUUGCAGGUGCUGCGGGAUCAACUGUCACAAUUGAACUCACUCAAUCACACCGAUUAUGCCGAAGGUUAUGGUCAUGGCUCGCUGAGAAGUCCGCCGCGUGCCUCCGGUUCGGAGAGAUCUUCGACCAGCUUUACGCAGUUGCAAGAGAAGGCGCGCAAUAUACUAUCGUCGCCAACACAACAACAGCCCAACAAUGAUGCCACUGUAGUGUUGCUGCAAAUGAUCGAAGACUUCUGUCGUGAGGGCGACAAGGUGGUGGAGUGUGGCAAGAAGGAUCGUGAAGAUCUGCAAUUGCAGAUUGAUGCGGCGGAUAAACAAUUGAAAGCAACUCGUCACUUCCUCGAAGAGCAAGCUGCCGAACGAGAACAGGAGCGUGAUGAAUUUCUGCGCGAAAUUGAGCGUUUAAAAGCGCAGCUGCGCGAUAAAGAGAAGGAGCGCAGUACGUACGAGAAUGCCUCGAAGGAGGCGGAACAUUUGGAGACACAAAUUCGUGAACUUAAUCAAAAACUCAACGAAGCGAAUGCAAAACGUGAUAAAUUCGAAAUUGAAUUAAAAGCAUCAAUAGAUAAAAUAUUCGUUUUGCGUGAAAUUAUCACCGAAUUGGAAACGCAGGUGGAAACAAAGGCGUUGAAUGAGCAUGUCUUGGGUGAAAAGAAUAAGCAAUUGGAAGACUACAUAAAUGCCCAAACCCGUUCAAAUGAAACGUUACAGCAUGAAGUGCAGAGUUUGAAAUUGGAAAUUGGUGAAAGUUAUCAGGAGCGUAUACGUUUUCUGGAAGAGAAACUGCAAAAUAUGCGGCCGUCAGCGGAGCAGAGUAUGGUGUUAGAUCAAGUGGUGGAGCAGCUCCGUGACAUUGAGAACAAUCUAGAUCAGAAGACGAAAAAUCUCGAGUCCAUACACCAUUCAAUUUCCUCGAAUGCCAAUAGUGCCACAGAGGAUGUCUCUGUAAAUGGCACUCGUCCCGCUCUGAACUCAUUGCCAGCAGCAGCAAUUGGUACUUUGGAUAAUUUACAUACCACACCAGGUUCUCCAAUGCAUCCAUCGCCCAGACAGCAUUCACUCACCAUGGAGGGUGUUCAACGUAUCGCCGAUAAAGUUGCCAAACAUACACGUGUCGAAGAGGCAGCCGUUAAACGUAUACGUGAUUUGGAGAUGCAAGUGACGCAGAUGCGUGAUUCCUGUGUGGACCUGCAGCAUGAACGCGAUGCACUGCAAGAUCGCAUUUCCGAGCAAACCCAACGCAUUACCACCUUGCAGUCCCGUCUUGAAGAUCAGCGGAAGCGUGCAAUGGAGCUGCAGCGUGCCGGUUCUAUUGACCUGAAUGUGCGCGUUCAUGAUCUUCAAAAUGAAGUACAGAAUCUACGCGAAACACUUUCGGCGCGUGACAAACAGAUGGCCACAAUGAAGCAGCAGCUGGAUAAGAGUAAAGUUGCCAUUGAUCGACUUGAAGCCGAGUUGGCUGUGGAACAGCAACCGGACCGCAGCAUUGUGGAACGCUUGGAGAUGGAAGUGAAGCAAAAGAAUGCAGCCAUACAGCUGUUGAAGGAGAAAAUCAAAAAUGAGAUGAUAAACAAAUUAUCAUUGCCCGAUUUAAUGGAAACUAUGCUGGCCGAUAAGAAUGAGGAGAUCGAUCAUCUCAAGGAGCAGCUGGAAUCGAAGGAAAAGGAAAUACAAGAACUCAACUCGAGUCAGCACUCGAGCUUAGGGCGUGCCGGUGACAAGAGUGUCGGUGCGGGCAAGGAGGAAAUGAGCACGAAAUUGAGUGCGCGCACGCUGAGCGACAUAGUGUCCAUUAGUGAAUUUGACGAGCCAGACGUAAUGCGACGUGCUGCUGUGGCGCAAGAAGCGACGCCAAUACAACUAGCGGACGGGAAUCGUGGUUUCGGUCAAAAAACUAUGGACACAUCAAAGCAGGCGCUGGCGAAUCUGACACACAAGCGCACCGAGGACCUGUCUGGUUUUGCCACACUGCGUCCAGUCAACACCUUCGAUAAUCCACACUACUUCCAAGAUCCCAAUGUGCUAACACUCACUGGCCAAUCUGCAGCCACGGCCACGCCACCAAUUGUGCCACGUCAUAUUAACUUCUCGGCCCUAACAGAGGAUUCCAAAUUGAAAACACCUGGUUUGGAAAUGUCCGCAAUGGAUAAAAGAAUUGCGGAGGAGAAAGAAAUGUACCAAAAGCUGGAGCAAGAAGUGCAAGAGCUGAAAGAAAAACUUACCAGCGUUUCUAACGAAAAAGAUAGCGCUUUGCGUGAGAAAGAUCAAGAAAUGCAAGCCAUGGAGGAAGAGUUGGUUGCCACACAAGUUCGUUUGGGUGGCCUGCAACACGAUUUGGAGCAACAACAAACUGAAAUAGUUAAAUUAAAGCAGGAAGCGCAAAAAUGUCUGGCACAUCAAACAGAAAUCGCCGAAAAGACGGCCGAAAUUGAAUUACUACUGAGCUCUCAAGAGCGUCUAACAAAAGAGAAUAAAGAACAGCAAGAACGUCUCACAAAAAGUGAGAAGGAGCUGCUGAACUAUAAGGAGAAUGAACAACGUCUGCAGAAACGCGUAACCGAAUUGGAGGAGAAAAUCCUGCAAACCACUGAGCAUGAAGUUAACGAGCGGGAGAGUCUGCGUAAAGAGCUAAGAGCCAUUAGCGCCGUACACGAGCAGUGCAAGAACACGGUGCGCGAGCUGGAGCUACGCAAGGUGGACAACGCACAGCUGAAUGAGCAACUUAAAGCCAAGGAGCAGCGAUUGCAGAUGCUCACAAACAAAUUAGUUCAAGCUGAUGAAAACGUCAGUGAGCUGGAGCAGAAAAUACGCGCACUAGAAACGGAGUUGGAGCGUUUGCGGCAGCAACCCAAUAGUGAAAAUAGCUCCAAGCAAUAUUCUGUAGAUGAAAUUGCGCAGCAAGUGGAAAAGGAGCUGAACUAUUCGGUACAACUGGACACGAAUAUAUUGCAGGUUAUCGAAAGUGAAGAGGAAAACAACCUGGAUCGCAAGAGUCGUGACAAAGCGUCGCAAGAGCCCAAAAAGACUGAAACUCAGGGCACCGACGACGAGAAUUUCACCGAACGUGACUUGCUGAACCAGUUGGAAGCGCUAAAGGCGCAAAUCGCCGUGGAACGCGAACAAGGUGAAUAUAUACGCCAGGAAUUGGCUAUGGAAAAACAACACUCACAAGAAAUACAAGAACAGGAUGUGGUCAUAAUCGAGGCUAUGCGUAAACGACUCGAAACCGCUUUGGAAAAGGAGGAUGAAAUGCACAAAUUAAUGGAGAUCGAGCGUGAGCGUUGUGAACGCUUGCAAACACAAAUCGCCGCCAUGCAACGCGUCGAGUCGCGUCGUAACUCAUCGAUGUUGAAAUCACCAAGCGAUUCGCCGCGUAAAUCGCCACGUGGACUUGGCAACGAUUUCGAAUCGGAGCUGGCAGAGCGACUGCGCAGUGAAAUUAAAAUGCUAACUGCACAAAAUGAGCGCGAACGGGAACGCUGUAUCGAUACGCAGCGCGCCAGUGAACGUGAGCGUCAACGCUUUGAAAGCGAGCUGCAAGAGCGUGUGGAUUAUUGUAGCAAAUUGAAGCGUGAAAUGGAAAAGUUGGCGCGUGACAAAGAUAUGGUGGAAGAAGAGUGUGAACACUUGCAGGAGCGUCUAACUGCGCAGACAAAAGAAAUCGAGUGCUUAGAGACCAGACUGGCCACAUUGCAAGAGGCAGAAACGCGACGCACAACACGACGUGAUCGGCACCAGAAGGAAAGUGCACAAUUAAUGGGUGAAAUACAAGAAAUUAAGACACUGCUCUUGGCUACCGAAGCGGAACGUGACAAUUUGCUCAAAAAUAUUACGCAAUUACGCUUCGAAGUAGAGCGUGCAGCGCAACGUGAAGCCAAACUUGCAGAGGCGCUCGCCAAUGCAAAUAUGGCUGCCACAGAAGCAUCAGUGCCGCAACAGUUUCUACAAAAGAUGAAGGAAAUCAAUACACUGCUGGCGGAGAAUACGCAGGAGAAUCGGCAAAUGGCCGAGACGGUACAAUUCCUGGUGGAGGAGCGUCGGCAAUUGCAGAAAAAAUGCGAAGAUUUGGAAGGGCAACUCGGCGGCACCGCAAAUGUGACGGAGCUGGAGGAGCGCUGCAAUCAUUUGCUCGGCCGCUAUUUGCGCGUUGAAUCGCAUCGUAAAGCGCUUGUGUAUCAAAAGCGUUAUUUGAAAAUUUCACUGCAAAGCUAUCAGGAGAGCGAACAACGCGCGCUGGCUACACUCAAUGGCGGACACUUGCUGCAGCCUCAACGCAACAAGAAGAAGUUAUUUAAAGCUGUUGCUUUGGCUGUUGUAGCUAUUCAGCGCAUGAAAUACAUUGGACGCUCUUGGCGUACGGGAAAGCGAAUCGUUUCGAAGUCUGUAUUUACAAUUACGCAACAAAAACCCGCUCAGCCGCCAGUGCUUACCUAUGCCGCCGCAGCCAAUUCGAAUUGCCCCAAAUCUCCAUCAACAAUGCCAUUUUACAAUGCGCCCAUCUGCAAUACAUCGCGGCAAAGAGAUCGCCAAUAUCAGGGAUUGAAGUCUCCAGCAUUGGUGCAUGAUUGCCUGAAUGGUGGCGGUGUGGAUGAUGGCGUCACAUCUACAACAAAUCUAAAUUCCGUGCCAAUGUUCGAUUGGCCACGCCUACAGACAUAUCAACAGUAGCAUUUGCUGUUGACCAGAGCCCUGACACUAUACGAUAAGUACAUACCUACAUCCGGUGAACGUAAAUGCUCAAAAAUGAGAUUCUUAAGAAAAUCAAGCCAACAACAACAAUAGUUGACGGUCAAUGCAAUCGUCAAAUGAAGCGCAUUUUAUUAUUCUUGUGUAUCAUAGGAAGAAGAAAAUGCUUACAAAAAAUAUCACAAAAUAGUACAUAAAUACAAAAUGUGAAAACAAAAGUAGAAACAACAACUAUUUUAUACAUUUUCUUGUUCAUCUACAUACAUACACUCACACAUACUUGCAUACCGCAUUAAAUUAAGUCUAUUGUUAAAAUGUGUAAAAUUAGUCAUAAUCGUAAGUUUAAGUCUAGUCGUUAAUGUGUUUAUACAUACAUACAAAUAUAUAUAUAUAUAUAUACCUAUACAAUAACUAUUAUAUAUUCCUACCAUAUCUACGCAAUUGUUGUGCGUCUCAAAUAUUUAAUUUUGUUUUAUAUUAUAUUAAUCCAGUAUUUUAACCAAACUUAUUUAACAAAACAAAUUUUUUAUACAAAUAACUCCAUAUUUUAUUUAUGUGUUUGUUUUCAAUAACUCAUAUUAAUUUAAGUUUUUAUGUCAUUUUCUCUCCCUUUAUUGUAGUCUUAUUUAUAUGUUGUACUUUAGUGUUUAAUGCCAUAAAAUUUGAUUUGAAUUAAAGUAGUUUGUUUAAAAAAAA